AUGGCUUCCAGGAUUUGGUACCAUUUCUGCAUGCUCAAUUUGAUGCGGCCCUUUGUCUCGAACUCGAAUAACCUCGUGGAUGGCACUACCCCGAAACUGUCUGGUGGUGCCAGGCCCAGUGUCAUAUGUCACCGAGCUUCAGAAGCCAUCAUUUCGCUCACUGGCACUUACCAAGCCCGGAACUUCAUUGCAUAUCUGCCACCCUUGUUACCGUAUAUGGUCUUCACUGCCGUCCUCUUUGAACUCACGUUGACGGCCAGCCCGGUUUUGUGUCAGCAAGGCCUCACCGAUUCUCCGUCAAGUUUGUCUCCGCUUACUGGAUAUCAGUCACCCAUACAGGCCGCCUCCAAGCCAGGGACCCGUUGGUCUCAACUGCCUCAGGCAUCAGCUCCGCGUCCAGGAUUUUGUUCGUCCGACUCUGAGCCUGUAUCCCCAGCGUCUACCAGACAGGCCAACCAAACUACCCACCGCCGGGCGUCCGGUGUCUCGACUAUCUCCACCGGAUUUUCAAGUAGCGAGCAGAGCAGGCGGCCGAGUGGCUGUAGUUUUCUUUCUGGCACGCCACGUGACCAGGACGAGAUAUCGACAUCGGAUACAGAGUCAGACCUAUUCCCCGUGUUUUCGUCGCAACCUUCGGAUCUUGUUACCGUCGGCUCACUGCAGUUAGCAUCCAUGAGCGCCCGCCAUCUUGGUGCCGCUGAGGCUUCCCGCCUACUCCGGGGAUUGGGGAACAUUCGAGACGUCGCCGAAGUCAGGCUCAACCUAGCUGCACUCACCGCUUCACUGCCAUUUCCAGCUGUUGAAUUCGGAACUUCUAUCCUACUUACCGGCCUUGGACUUCAGAAGGUGCCGGUUGCCAGCGUGGUCCCGGGCGCUUCGACAUUUUGUGGAGGGUUGAGUCCUAUGUCGGUCCCAAAAGUCGAGUCUACUAAAUCACCCACCGGUGACCUGUCUUCAGCCCAACUACCUACAUCUCUGCAACAGGCACCUGGGCCAUGA